AUGUCUUCUCCUGAAAUUUUAUCACCGAUUUCCAUAUCACGUGUUGGAAAUGCUAAUUCUCCUGAUUCGAAUGCCUCUUUGGUCAAGUUAUCGAUCUCUUCUCCUGGUAAUUCGGUUAAAUUAACGUCCACUCAAGUUCAAUCAAUGCCUAGAACAAAACCUGAUCAAUAUACUGUGAUAGAAAAUACUGGAAAGCACAAGUCUGAUUGUUGGUCUUCGUUUGGUUUUCCUGCCAUCGUCAAGAAGAAUACUGAUCCUCAGCAAAUUGAUGGCUUCGUGUCAUGUAAGAAAUGUUUUACCACUUAUUCAUUUCUGUCAAAUAGUACUCGAAUGCUGAAUCAGCAUAAUUGUGAAAGUUCAAAAGAAAGAAAUAAAAUAUUAGAAGCAAAUGGAACUUCUCCAACACAAGGACGUUUAACUUCAUUUUUUCGAACAAAACAAGCAUGUUUGAAAGAAUCUGAAAUUAUGAAGAUAAAAGAUUUACAAGCUAAAUGGGUUUGUCAAAAUAUUCGUCCAUUUUCAAUAGUUGAAGAUAAUGGUCUACGUCGAUUGAUUCAAGAAUGUAUAUCAAUUGGUGAUCGUUAUGGAAAUGUAAAUGUGGAUCAAGUGUUGAGAGGUGCUGAUGUGACUGCUGCUCAUAUUUCUAAACUUGCUGAAGAACAUCGAACUCGUAUCAACGAAGAACUACUUGAACCUCUUCAAAAUGAUGCUGUUACCUUCUGUCCCGAUAUGUGGAGUGAUCCUGUUCAUCAGGAUGAUAGUGGCGAAAUUACUGAUGAUAAUGAUGGUCUUCCAGAUAAUGUGUACUAA